GUCGCCCGGCGGGGCAUGACCGCAUCUGCCACACCCGCAGAGCCGCUGGCCCGAGCCCGCCCGAGGGGCAGUGGCCAGUGCCGCACCGCCGCCCCGGCCCCCCCCGCGCCAGCGGCGCCCCGGCGGUGUCGAGGCCGCCUGGGCAGGCCGCCCCCCUGGGCAGCCUCGGCGCUGGCCGGCCACGCGCCGCACCAUCUCCCGCGAUGUCCCACGGCAGCGAGCUGCCGCCCGCGCCGCAGACGAUGGGCAGCCUGCAGGAGCAGGUCGAUAUCGCGAUGGGCUCGAUGCGGGACAACAUGAAGCAGAUGGCCGAGCGCGACGCGCAGAUGGUGAACUUGUCGCAGAAGUCCAGCCAGUUCGCGGACUCAUCCUCGGCCUUCAAGCAGCGCGCGGUCGCUCUGCGCAAGGCCGAGGAGUGGAGGUCCAUGAAGAUCAAGAUGCGAGGGCCUCGCUGGCAGCCGCGCUGGUCUGGCUGGUGCUGCUCUACGUCUACCGAAAGAAGGUUGUGCCCCUCCUGCUCGGCUCCGCGGUGGCGUGGGCUCUGUUCGGCGUCGGGGUGUACUUCCUGA